GCGUAUACUGCGCCCACAAAUUGCAAGUGUAGAGGGAAGUGCAAAAUGCCCUAAACAGUGUGACUUUAACCUCUUUUGAGCACCUUGCAAAUCUGCGGGCGCUCAUAUUCGCCCGGACCGACAGGGCCCUUCGUUCCCUCUCCAUAUCCAGGUCGCCCUUGAGGUAAAUUAAUGAAAACUACUCUCAAGGAUACACAACUACUGUUUCCGAUGCAUUCACAUAAUUGCCCUUAAUGUUUUAAUAAACUUGAAAGCCUAGUAUAUUGAUCAUUUCAAAUGGUACGAUAUACCGUUCGGUGUUAGGUUAGCCAUCAAACGUGCCAGAAAAAUAGAAAUGUCGUCAUUGAAAGUCAUUAAAAACAUCAUAUUUCUUGAAAAUGUUUUGUUUAUUUUCAGAAAUUAUUUCUAUUUUAAACCAACGCUAAUUGUUUUUAUAAAACUUGUUAUAUUUAUAGUUAUCUGUUCGCAUUUUUAUGUUUCUGUAUUAUUUUAUCAAAUAUUUUAUGUAGUAAGAGGAAUGUCUUAUUCAGAUCUCGUUAAUGUUUAUUCUUUCAUUUUGUACCACAUUUUCUCGAGUACAAAUUCAUUAUGGGCAAUAGUUCUGAGUUUCUUCAAUAUGAAAUCUUUUAAAACAUAUGUUAAUUGCAUUGACGCUAUUCAAGAAUUGUGUAAAAGUGAUUUGUUGUUCUUACACGCAAUAAGAAAACUAAACAUAAGAGUGCUAACAAGAUCUUCAAUAGUUGCAAUUGUAGCAUUUAGUGUGACUAUAAAUGUUAUACUAGAAUUUUUUAACAAAUUAGAAUAUUUUGAUUCAAUGGUUUACUUUCUAUUUACGGUUUUUGGUAUAAUUUGUCAGUAUCGUUAUGUCGUGGAAGCGCUGACGUUCUAUAUCUUGAUUGAAGUAAUUGUAACUUGCUUGCAAUAUUUGAACGAGUCUAUUCUCUCGACUACUAACAAGUUAAGGAAUAAUCAAGAGGAAUUGCUGGAUCUAGAACAUAAACUUGAACGGUGGUGGGUGGUGAUUACCAAUCUGUUUGAAUGCUGCAAUCAGCUUUCUUCGUGUUUUGGGCUGCAGUUAAAUGUUUAGUAAAACAAUUAUCAAUUUAUUUACUUAUAUCAUUACUUUCACGAAAAAAAUAAAAAUGAACAAAUACAAACUUAAAUGUAAAAUAUCAGCCUGCAAUCUGCAUCGCAUUUCUCAAUAUUUGAUUUAUUCAUGUUACAGAUUGCAAUGGUGUUAUUUACAACUACAAUAUACUAUAUACUGAUUCUAUAUAAAUGUGUUUUUACCCUGAUGCACCCAAGUUUUUAUUAUUCAGCAACAGCACGCGAGGCGACCGAGUGCGUGCGAUCUGCGCGUGCGUUGUCACGGCGACUGCUUGCGGCGCCGCUGCACGUGCGACUGUUGGCGUGGCCGGUGCAGAUGUGGCUGCUCACCGCAGUUUUGGCCAUUACGACCGACUAUACUAUUAUACUUUUACAGUUCAAUCAUGUCGUAUAGCUUCAUGUAUAAUCGAAAUACCUUCUGACAUAGAUAACAUUAAAAAUGAUAUUUAAUUGUAUUGAGCCUUUUUUUUUCAAAAUUAUUUAUUGGACAAAUGAAAAAUAGAUAAGGAAAUUGUAAUUUAUAAAUUGACGAAAGAUAUGACCGUUUUCUAAUAAAAACGCAAUAAAAAAAAAGGAUAGCAACUUAUACCGUACAACUGAGUAAAAAUAUUAGAUUUACUGUAUAAAGUUAUAUGUCAGUAAAGCUCUAUUUAACUGGAGCAUUCAGUGUAU